CGCCGUUAACUUUAGCUGGAGAAAUAGCCAGCAUUUGUGUUGUUGCUGGGCGGAGAAGUUGCAGUGCAGGCGCGUGCUCCGGGACUUCAGCGAGGGUGCUGUCCGGAAGCGCUGCGCUGCUAGAGUGACAACAAUAUUCCAACAGUAUGCAGGAUCCAAAUGCAGACACCGAGUGGAAUGACAUUUUGCGGAAAAAAGGCAUCCUUCCUCCUAAAGAGAAUCCAGAUAAAGAAAAUGAGGCACUGGAGGAGGAGCUCAUUCAGAACCAGCAGUCGGUUGUUAAAAGAUAUGAAGACAUGACCUUGGAAGAGCUGGAAGAAAAUGAGGAUGAAUUUGGUGAGGAAGAUGAAAGAGCCAUUGAGAUGUACAGGCAACAAAGACUAACGGAAUGGAAAGCAAAACAGAUGAUGAAAUUGUUUGGAGAAGUUUUGGAAAUUUCUGGACCAGACUAUGUACAAGAAGUGACUAAAGCUGGCGAGAGUCUGUGGGUAAUACUGCACCUUUACAAACAAGGGAUACCUUUAUGUGCCUUGAUAAAUAGGCAUCUAAGUGAACUGGCAAGGAAGUUCCCAGAGACUAAAUUUAUUAGAGCUAUCUCCACAACCUGCAUAGCCAACUAUCCGGACAGAAACCUCCCAACAGUCUUUAUUUACCGCAAUGGCGAUAUCAAAGCACAAUAUGUUGGACCCUUGUUAUUUGGAGGCAUGAAGUUAACACAAGAUGAAAUGGAAUGGAUGCUGUCGAGUUGUGGUGCAAUCAAAACUGAACUGGAAGAAAAUCCAAGAAAACAAAUUGAAGAUAGGAUGAUGUCAUCCAUCAAGACUAGUGUUCCAUCAAAGGACAGUGAUUCUGAAGAAGAUUAGUAAUUUAAGUGCAGUGGGGUAGAGCUUCCAAUAAGGGCGUUGAAAGUAAUUCUUAUGUAGAGUGAAUCAAAGAUCAUGACUGUUUUUGUUCCCUGAAUUGCAGAAUGCAGAAUCUGCCAUGACCCUGCAAAACCAAACACACUUAAAAGGGAAUUUCAAAUUAAAAUUAAAAAAUAUUUUAAAAUGCUUAAGUGGUCAUUUGAUGAAGGCUGAUUUGUUUAAUUGCAGAAGAUGGGUUUGUCAUGUGAAAUAAGAACACUUGCUGUUCAAAAGCUAAAUACUGCAGAUGGUGGAAAUCUAAAAUAAAACCUGGAAAUGCUGGGAAAUGUCUGUAGAGAGAAACUGGUCGAUUCUGUGUUCAAUGGUCAUAUUCAACGACAGAACUGGGAAAAUUUUGAAAUAAAACGACAGCUAAUUUGCAAAGAAGAUGAAGAGAACAAAACUGAGAUUUGAGACUGGGUGGAGACUAGGAGAGAUGCCACUGAUGGUGUUGAGUGGCCAAGGUGUGUAAAUAAUAGAGUUUGAAUUGGGAGGAAGUGGAAGAACUCUACAGAUACUAGAAGAUUUUUUGAGCAUUUUCUUUUUUUCACCAUUUCAGAUUUCUGCUGAUGCUGAAAUCUGAAAUGCAUUGUAUUUCAGGAAUCUUUACCACCUUCUUUUAGCCAGCAACUCCCAUCUCUUCAAACACUCAAUCCCUACAAGUCUCUGUGAUAUUGCAGACUCUCCCCUUCAUUCUCCCUGGUUUCUCUGUAAUUUAUUUCCAACUUCUCACAGUACCGAUAGUUGGUGAUUUAACCAAAUGUGAAACCGGUUUCUCUCAACUGAUGGUAGACAAAAAUGCUGGAGAAACUCAGCGGGUGAGGCGGGAAGAAGAAAGGAAGAGGUGUAACUGAUGUUGCCAGACCUGAGAUCGGUGACUUCAUAUUGACAAUGUACCACUUGUUCAGUAAUCUGUUUCUUUAAGCAUUGAUAAUGAUAUUUAAAAAUAAAUGUUUUCUUGUUGGAAUGAACCAUAGUGAUCAUGUUUGCUAGUAAAAUAACAAUAGGAUUCAGA